GCGGGGGGCGUUGGGCUGGGCCGGGUCGUGUUGCUGGGCGAGCGGCGGCGGCGCUCGGGGUAAACAAAACGGCGGCGCCCGCGUCGCCCCACGGCUCUCCGCCGCUCCCCUCAGCAGUCAUGGAGCUCGCCGCCGCCGCCACCAACAACAACAACAUUCAGAUCCUGCUCGCCGCGGCCGAGUACCUGGAGAGAAAAGACAGGGGUGAGGGCUCGGGUGGUGGUGCCUGGCUGGCAGGAGAAGCGGAGCACGGCUACGCGUCCAUGCCGCCGUCGAGGCGGGAGGAGGAGGAGGAAGAAGAGUCGAGUAGGAAGAGGCUCAAGACGAGGAAGGCGCCCAGCAUCAGAUCCACUCACAACGAGCUGGAGAAAAACAGGAGAGCACAACUGCGCGUCUGCCUGGAGCGUCUGAAGAACAUGGUCCCUCUGGGGCCCGAGUGCUCGCGCCAUACCACCCUGGGAUUGCUCACCAAAGCGAAGAACCACAUCAAGCGGCUGGAGGAGCAAGAGAGGAGGGCGCAGCAGCAGAAGGACAAGCUGGAGCGCGAGCACCGUUACCUGCGCCGGCGUCUGGAGCAGCUGGAGGGCAGCCCCACCGGGGUGGCGGAGCGCUUGCGCACUGAUAGCCUGGGCUCCGCGCUGAGCUCCGAGCACUCCGACUCCGACAGGGAGGACAUGGAGGUGGACGUGGAGAGCGUGGAGUUCUCGGUGGGCGAGGGAGACAGCCUCGGCACGAGCAGCGACAGCGACGAGCGCAGCAGCCUGCAGAGCAGCAGCACCAGCGACGGAGGGUACUCCAGCUCGAGUCUCAAGCACGUCGGGACCUUCGUCUGCUAGCCGCUCCACGCUCACAAGCACAGCGGGGGGCACGGUCUGCGGUCGUGUUCCUCCAAGUGGGAGAUGACAAGUAUUGGGAAGACGCUCUUACAGUGCUUUUCAGACUUUGUAUGUAUUUUUCUGACAAUUUAUACUGUACAUGAAAUUGUAUUUUGUGAAGCACUGCAAGAGUAACUUAAGCUCUGAAGACCUUUAAAAGAGCAGUUUGUAAAUAAAUGUAUAAACGCCUUGCCGCUGUUUUACGCACCUAAAGAUCGGUUCAGACAGCACUUUUAUGCCGAUUUGCGGAGAUAUUAACAUUAAUGGCAAUAAACUUCCCUGAUGCUGCCCAUUUCAAUAGGGUCUUCAGAGUUAGGUUGACCCCAUCGAUGCAUUACGACCAAUAUGUUGCACUUAAAGGUCAAAGAUAUUUCUUUGACAUUAUUGACCUCAAAUGUAAAAAGAAAAAAAAAUCGUACAAUAUUUUUUCCUAAAUAUGGACUUAUAUAUAUCUGUAUAGCAACAGACAUUGGAAGUCCUUGGUUCCACAGUUGGACACUAUUUUGGAGUCUCAGGGACUCGUGUGGCUGUUUUGAGUGUUGUGCCUUUGUUUUGGUUUGGCGUUGGAGUAUCUCCUGGAUGUUGUGCAGUGCAGUAACCCUGCAAGGCAGACACCGAAGGAGUUAUUAAAAAUGGUGAUGUUUUUAAUCUGUGGUUCCUCUGAAGGUUAUAAUGCCUGGAAGAAAAAAAACAUAUCAACAAAGUGGGCUAGCUGGCUGGCUGUGUCACGCAGUAGCACAGAGCCAUUGCCAACCGGCAGCUACCCAGGCCGCAUCACCUCCGGGCGAGAGGAAUCUGACCAACUCCUGAUUCGGAACCGCAAUGGCAGCUCCUGUCACAAGUGUUGCAGUUUUGUAAAGUAAAAGCAACAAGCUUUGACAUCUUUAAAAACAUCUUACCAAUUAUCCUAUAAACCACUGUUCUUGUCAGUUACUUGAUUGGCACUUAAUGAAGUUGUAGAUUCAUUGUAUUUUAGUUACAAAUAGUUAUAGUUACAAGUAACUAUCACAAGUGAUUUUUACAGAAAGGCACAGUUUUUAAAUAUUUAUGACCAAAUCUGUCCCCGUUAGAAAAUCUGGUUUUUCAUGGUGCUUUUUUAUAAUCGAUGAUUGGUGGGUUGGUUCACUUGGAUGUUGAUUGAAUUCCAUAUACUCGUUAUUUUGCAUCGUGAGCGUAGACGUAAUGGACCAGAUUGUCUAAAAUGAGAUUAUUCCGAUUCCCACCAGCAUCUAGUUUUACCGCACAUUCCACAAAACAACAUUGUAAGGUAAGGCCACCCGCUCUGCGGGUUAUGACAUCAGUGUUGUGUAUAUUAUUCAUCCCGAAACAACGGCCACUUGCUGCAGUAGCUCUUGUCUUGCUUAUUUUUUUGCAUGCAUCGACGCGAUGGUAAUUAUGAUGUUCUUCCCGUGCUUGCCAAUAUCACUCCGCGCGUGCGUACGUCGGUAGCGGCGUGUUUACGUCGGUAGCGGCGUGCUUACGUCGGUAGCGGCGUGCGUCCCGCGCGUGGCUGCCGACCCAGGCUUUGUGUAAACCUGAAGCGGCGCCCUCCCGCCCGCCCACUUACGGAUGAGCCACGCCGCCUGCGGGCCCCGGGAGGGCAGCGUGGGCGCUUGCGGGGGUGGAAGGUCCCGGCUCCGACCAGUGAACGUUUCCAGCUGGUGAUGGAACUCGACCCGACUGGUGGUAGUGCACUGUUUUGAACGCUAGCUGUGUAAAUCGUGUAUGUCUAUGUUACCUCAUGUGUUAUUGUUCCCCGUUAUACAUAAACAAAUAAAUUUAUUUCACUAAU